UCUCUGUCUCUGCCGCUCACCAGUGAAUGAGUCCGCUCAGAGUCUCGCCGUUCCGUAGCGCAGCCUCUUCCUCUCUUUCUCUUCUACCGUUCUCUCUGUCCUUCCCUGCCUUUGGAGCAGACAGAGGAGCAUCGGCACGGCAGCGGAGCCACACAGGAGCAACGGAGAAGCCUGGAAGCAAACGAGCUUCUGAACAUUUCCAACAUCAACAGAUGCAUCCAAUGUGAAACAGUUCCAAAGGCAGACCGAAGCAACAGAUUGCUCUUUAGGUGCAACUGUUGCUGAAACUGACGGUGGCCCACCUGAUCUGAGACGAAGCUGGCAUCUGCGGAUUUGGGAAGACAAUUUCUCUGAAUGAAAGAAAAGCACUGACUCUGCCCAAAGCAGGAGGAACCAGCACUGCUAGGCACCGAGAAGAGAGGUAUUUGAUUCAUUUGGGAAAGCAAGACGGUUCAUGCAGGGCGUGAACAUCACCUUUACCACCCCGUCGUUCACCCUUUUGCAGAAACCAAAGGUAACAAGUCAUUUGGAUGUUCAAAAUAGAUGGAGGAUGUUAGUUCCGAGGUAAGCUGUGAAUCGAGAAGAGCAACAUCAAGUCUAAUCGGUGCAAAGAUGCAGGUAAGAGCCACCAAGUGACGGCAGUAAAUCCAGCAGGAAAUGACUUCUGAAGACCACAGAGGGUAAAAGAGCAGGAUGUAUACAAGUACCUACUGAAGAACGAAACCAGGGAGACUCGCAAUGACUGGCAGAUGUUCUUCUCCAACAAAAACUGUAUGAACACGAAGAAAGAAAACAUUCGUAUCUCGCUUCACUACUUUCUUUUUUCUAGGAUGUUUUGCACCUGUGGAGCUUGCUUCUUUAAAAGCAUUCAAGCCUUUCCUCCUCCAUAACUUUUGCUGCAGCUAAAUCUGCACCGAUUGAAGUUGGCGUUGUUGUUCCGACUCUUCUUUUCGGGGUGAAGCGGAUCUGCCGUGGGGGCAGCUGACAGCCAUCCAAGACGCCGCGAGCCGUACUCCGCGUGAAGAAUGCCCAGCCGCGCUUGGCCAAGCCGGCUGACCCGGGCCCGACGGCGGGCCUAUACAUGGAGAGAUCGCAGAGCCGCAUCAGCCUCUCAGCGUCCUUUGAGGCCCUCGCGAUCUACUUCCCCUGUAUGAACUCCUUUGACGAGGACGAUGGCGUGGACACAGAUGGCAGGAAGUUGAAGGGAGCCAUCCAGAGGAGCACGGAGACGGGUUUGGCGGUGGAGAUGCCGAGUCGGACCGUCCGCCAGGCCAGCCACGAAUCCAUAGAGGACAGCAUGAACAGCUACGGCUCCGAGGGGAAUCUUAACUACAGUGGGAUGUGUCUUGCAUCCGACGCCCAGUUCAGCGACUUCCUGGAUGGGAUGGGACCGGCCCAGUUUGUUGGGAGACAGACGCUUGCAAUGACAUCCAUGGGCGAUGUAGAAAUCGGCCUGACGGAGAGAAACGGGGGUCUGGAAGUAGAAGUUGUUCAAGCGAGAGGACUCACCAUGAAACCAGGCUCAAAGGCACCUCCAGCGGCGUACAUCAAAGUUUACCUCCUGGAGAACGGAGUCUGUGUGGCCAAGAAGAAGACCAAAGCAGUGAGGAAGUCUCUGGAUCCUCUCUACAAUCAGGUCCUGGUCUUUUCUGAAAGCCCACAGGGGAAAGUGGUGCAGGUCAUUGUUUGGGGAAACUAUGGACGAAUGGACCGCAAAAGCUUCAUGGGCGUAGCUCGAAUCCUAUUGGAGGAGCUCGACCUGAGCACCAUGGUGAUUGGCUGGUACAAGUUGUUCCCUACCUCCUCCAUGGUGGACCCGACUAUGGCGCCACUCAUCCGCCACUCAUCUCAGAUGUCUCUGGAGAGCACCAUUGGACCAUGUUGUGAGAGAUCCUAAGACUCAGGAAGGAAACUGAGGAGUUUCCUGUUGCUCAGAUUCGACCGUUAACCUGAGCCUGAAGAAACAUUUUUAAACCCUGUAGCUCUGCUCCUGGCUCAGCUGGUCACCACUUCACCUGCACCAGGAACAAAUUAAGAUUCACAAGUCUGUCCGCUCUGGGGAACAAUCAGAACUGAUAAAUCACUGCGCAAACCAGCCGGUUAUCCUGCAUUCAUUUGAAAUAUAUAAUAGUUUUGAAACAGAUUGUUUCCCGUGACUCCUGGGAACCGCAUUUCUUUUAUUCUCGUAACCGACCAUCCUUCAGACUCUAAGGGAGAUUUCUCUCUCUUCAGAUCUCUUUGAUGGAAGGAAAAACCAAACCCUCCUUAAUGAGGAUACUUCAAAGCAGAGCUCGGCUGCUGACAUUGAUCACGUCCUAUUGGGACUCGGCGGCUCCGUUUGCUUCAGCUGCCCGCCUCCUCUGCAGCCUUCAUCAAACUCUCAUUCCCAGGGUUGCUUGUUGUCUUUCUACGUCCUCACUGGAGAACGGACGACUCCUGAUAAAAUCUCUCAGUCCACCGUAAUGUUUGAGAAACCAGUUCCUAUCGAUAGAUGUGUAUGCAACAGGACUAAAAACACUAAGGUCUAAGUUAUUUGUUGCAACAUACCAAGAAAUACUGGAUCCAACCACAUGAGCUGUUUUUUGUUUAUUUCUGUGCGUUCCACAUUGGUUGAAUGAUCAACUCCAUGAGAUAUGUGGGCGAUCCCAACAUGGCUGAGAGCUGUUGUCGUUUCUGGAACGAUCCGGAUCUUAACCUGAAGUUAGGAAUGACGACUGCUGCUGGUUUCUGUGCACACAGUUUGUUAGAGCCUCAUAUCAUAGCAUUUAGCUGGCUCACCUGUGGACCUACGUUACAGGGCUCAAUUGUUCUCAAUCCCCAAAAACUGUUUGCAGUCUGCUAGUGUUCACCCGUCACGAACUCACAUGACAUCUAAAGCGCUUAUCAGUCUAUUCAGCUGAUGUUAUGUUGAUUAUAAAGAGAAAUAUACAUCCUUGCUUAUUAUAAGAAAGUGACAAAGUCAAUUUAUUCUAACUAGGUUUUCAAAAAUAAAGGCGGCAAAGAUUUAUUUUUUGUGAAUUAUAAACGUCCUCCAGAUUCUGUCCUGGUGCGAAAACUGCAGCCAAGAAUCCCUAAAUUAAAUGGAAUUUUAUGCAUGCAGUCUAUUCUACAGGAUUAUGAUUUUAAUAUAAAGUGGCUACUGUUAAAUGCAUGACAUUAGCACAUUUACAUUUAGCUGAGUCCUUACAGGGAACAAAAUGUACCCUGCAUGAAGCAGCUAGAUGUAUUCUGGGUCUAAAAUAACAAAUGUUUGUUCUUUAAUUA